AUGCAACUUGUUCCAAUAGGCACAAGAAGAAUCCACAAGCCAUCGGCAUACCUAAUUGAGAACAAUGCCCGACCUCCAGGUUACAUGGUCUCCAGCUUAGCUCGUUUGACGUACGGUAUCGACUAUUUCGCACUACAGAUGCUUUUUGCCCUUGGCCCAAAUGAGGCUGAUAGGUUCAGGGCUAUGGCUACACCUUUCCAAAACGGUGCUCAAUAUUACAGCAUGGUCCAAUACGUGUCACCAGAUCGUAGUGGGGUAUUGCUCACGGAGGACCCGGGGAAGGAGAUGUUAGAGCGAUGUCCCGAAUUGAUGAAUAGAGAUAAUGUUGCGGUUUCCUGGUCUCCCAGGCGUAGAGGAGAUAAGAUCUUUGGACCAGAGACAAUGAAAGUGGCAUGGCUGAGUCGCUAUAUCGUGACGAGUCGGCAUUCCUUGAAUCACCUGCUCGAACUUGGAGCUGAGAUUGUAAAAGAGUUCAAAUACGAGCUUGCUUAA